UUUUACGAAUCAAUGCGCAAUUUUAAAAUUUUGUUAAUUUGUUUUAUGUUUAAUACAAUAAUACCUAAUAAAUUUAAACGAUCAACGCGAUGAUUUUUUCACAUUUUCUGCCAUAAUAACAAGCUUGUUGUGUUAGUACUUACACAGAGUAGAUAAAAAAUAAUAUUGUUUUACCUUAUCUUGUGGUAUUUAUCAAAUGAACGUUUUGAUGAGGGCUUAGUGUUGUUUACAUAUUUACUUGUAACUGGCAAUUCGUUUUCAAAAUGGACAUCGACGCCGAUCCUGAACUAAAAUCAGAUUUCACAUCCUACUUAGAACAUAUAUCCCAAAGAAAAAAAUUUAGGAGGAAUACGACACUAACUGAGCACAGUUACUCAACAAUUGAAUAUCAACAAGACCAUUUGUGUUCUGCAAUAAAAACUUUAUUUAUUCAUAAUAAAUUUUUACAAAAUGAAAAUCCCACCGAUGAUAUUGAUGUAGAAUCUGUUGACAAAGAAGUAAAACUACUUACAUAUCGACCAGAUGUCGAAGCAAAAUCAAUGGAACCCUACAGAAAUGCUAAAGUUCCAAGAGACUCUGAGACAUGGGAGGAUUCUAUAAACAAAUUACGAUGGACAAAAAUGCAAAAAAAUUUAUUUGAGAGAACAAUGAACAUUUUGUAUGCCAAUCGUUUAUCAAGGUUGACAUAUGAAGGAACUAUGCAAGAAGAUGUGCAAAAAAUAAUAUCUACUGAAAAAUCGGUGGCCGAAAUGCAUCAUUUAUUGACUAAUUACACUUAUUGGGAUCCAUCGUUGACCCAGUGGCUGCAUGGUGUUUUUGUGACACAUUUACCCGAUGAUUAUUUAGCGCCAUACAUUGAUAUUUUAGAGAAAUUAAAAAAAAUUGUUCCAUCAUUUAUAAGCGAUAUGAUAUCAUUGAACACACAAGGGCGGUCUAAAGAUGAUGUCAAAUAUAAAUCUAUAAAUUUAGAUGAUCCAGUUGAUCCGUUUAAUUAUAUGUUAACUACUUAUCCACCAUUAAAACUGCCUAAAGAUCCUGUAAUAAUUUUGAUACCAGAUUUUCCUGGUUAUUUAAUUCAACCAUACACACGGAGUCACGAUUGGAUGCAUGCCUUAUCAUAUUUAGCUGAAUUGGUUGUCGCUCUAACUGCAAAAGAACAGUGGGAUUACGAAGAUUAUUCACGACGAGAAGAAAUCAAUAUUGAAGCUAGUUUAGAUAACAUGAUAGAUGCAACUCGAAGUAAAAUUGUGUCACUAAGAUCUGAAGAUCCAAAUAGGCCUAUAAUUUUGGCCGGUUUUGGGGUCAGCGCCGCAAUAGCUUGUCAAGUCGCUGUUCUUGAAAAAGUAGAAGGUCUCGUUUGUAUUGGUUUCAUUGUAAACUCGUCCGAAGUCAAAAGAGGAUAUGAUGGUGACUGUAUACUUGAACUUGAAUAUCCUACUGUUUUUAUUACUGGACAACUAAGCAUAUUUUCUCCAGUUUUGGACUUGGAGGAAUUAAGAGUUAAGCUUAAAUGCAAAACCAAUCAUAUUCUAGUCGGUGGCGCAGAUGAUGAUUUGGUUGUCAAUCAUUCUACAAAAAUGAGAGAAGGUGUAACACAAAAAUUAGUUGAUAGAUGUGUUUUAGAAGAAAUUGGAAAUUUUUUGAAAGAAGUAUUGGAACCAUCACCAAAAAUUGUUCGUAAACCAGAAAUAGAAAAAACCGAUUUCAAAAAACCUAUAGUAGCCAAAAAGAAAUCUUACGGUCGUUCAAAUAAGGGAAAUCAAAAGCUUUUGUUAAAAGUCAAUGACCACCCUACAAAGAAAAACGUUACUUCGCGCAAGAUUAAUAUACCAUCGACUUCAUUGACUUCAACGACGAUUGAUAUGACAAAAGACGAAGAACUAAUGCCACCUCCAUCAUCUACUGUCAUGCAUGAUCACGGUAUGCAUUUUGAAAAUUCUACAAUGAUAAAUAAUCAAACGGACGUAUCGUCUAUUCCAAAAUUAGGGAAUCAAAAAUUUUCUACCUUGGCGGAGUUGUUGCAGGAACAAUGUAACACCAACAAUAGCAUAUCCCAAAUUAAUGAUUCGUCGUUAAUACCUAUGAGUAGAACGCCCAUAAUAAUGGCUCCCGACUCGAAAAGUAUAGUAGUAUGUAGUUCAAGCUAUCAAUCCCAGCAGAGUCAACCCACUCCUGUUAUGGAAAUCACAGCUGACCAGAUACUCGAUAUGCCGAUUGUGUUUGCUGAUGAAGCAAUUGAAGAAACGAAAACGGCACCUGUCAACGAUAGUAGUUCCUAUAUUAUAACCAACACUAACAGCAACCAGCUGAUUGUUAAAGAGGAACCCAUUGAUGAUGAUGAAGAUGUGGAUGUAAUGUCUUCUAGUCCGGUGUCCAAGAAUAACACAGUUCCUGAACGUUUAAAUAUAAAACAGGUAGCAUAUGAUUCACCAUCAAAAGUUAAGCUUGUAGUGAGUAAAGCACCUCGAACUUUAGUACCGAGCGGUUACCAAACAUUUUCUGUACCCAGUCAAAAAACGGGUAGUAUACAAUUUGUGAAUCGGUUAUCACCUAUGCCGUCGAGGAGAGUCGAAGGAGCAGCGGGAACAAAGAUAGCGCCAAAAACAGUUUCUAUCCGUCAUUUACAAGAUAGUAACCUUAAAGUGCUAAAAAGUAACAGCGGACAACACGUACAAGUAAACAAAAUGAAAACAAUGGCGACCACGCAAAAGUUUAAAAAAAUAUUAUAGAAUUUAAAAAAUUAAAAUUUGAGUAUUAAUAACAAUUAUUAUUAAAUAGUAUCAUUUAAAAAAUGAUAUUUUUUACAUCAUACAGCUAAUAAAAAAAUAUAUAUAAUAGUAUGUACUUUUAAUUGUUAAAUAGUUAUCUAUGUAAGUACAUUUUCGCCAUAUUAUUUCUUAUAUUUUGUGAUUUAAAUAUUGGAACAACUUUAUUCAAACAUAACACCUUACUGUCCUUUGUUCUUCUUAAUCUAACCAUAUGUAACUUAGUCCACAUGAAAAACGGUCGUCUUAGAGCUUUAAUAACAUGAUUUACACAACAACGCCACCAUCUAACGACCAAACGUGUUUUAUCAUAUGGUCUGAUAAAACGUGGGCAUCGCAAUGUGUUGGCGACGCAACGCUGUGCAAAAGAAUGAGUGGGAACCA